CAGUGAAUCGUCAAAAUGCGUGAGUGUCUGUCCCUCCACAUCGGUCAAGCUGGAGUCCAGAUGGGCAAUGCCUGCUGGGAGCUGUACUGCCUGGAGCACGGCAUCCAACCUGAUGGUCAAAUGCCCAGUGACAAGACCAUCGGAGGUGGUGACGACUCCUUCAAUACUUUCUUCAGCGAGACAGGAGCCGGCAAGCACGUCCCUCGAGCUGUCUUUGUUGACUUAGAACCAACGGUAAUAGAUGAGGUUCGUACCGGCACGUACCGCCAACUAUUCAGUCCUGAACAGCUGAUUACGGGCAAGGAGGACGCCGCCAACAACUAUGCCAGAGGUCAUUACACCGUGGGCAAAGAACUCAUCGAUCUUGUGCUGGAUAGAAUAAGAAAAUUGGCUGAUUUGUGCACAGGUCUCCAGGGUUUCCUCAUCUUCCACAGCUUUGGUGGAGGCACUGGCUCUGGCUUCACAUCCCUGUUGAUGGAGCGUCUCUCCGUCGACUAUGGAAAGAAGUCCAAGUUGGAGUUCGCCAUCUACCCGGCUCCUCAGAUCUCCACAGCGGUCGUGGAGCCCUACAACUCCAUCCUGACCACCCACACAACGCUAGAGCACUCCGACUGCGCCUUCAUGGUCGACAACGAGGCCAUCUAUGACAUUUGUCGUCGCAACCUAGACAUCGAGCGUCCGACUUACACCAACCUCAACCGUCUGAUUGGUCAGAUUGUGUCCUCCAUUACUGCGUCUCUUCGCUUUGAUGGAGCUCUCAAUGUCGACCUGACUGAGUUCCAGACCAACUUGGUUCCCUACCCACGUAUCCACUUCCCCUUGGCCACCUAUACGCCGACAAUCUCUGCAGAGAAGGCCUACCAUGAGCAGCUGACCGUUGCAGAGAUCACUAAUUCCUGCUUUGAGCCGGCCAACCAGAUGGUGAAGUGCGAUCCUCGUCACGGCAAGUACAUGGCCUGCUGCAUGCUCUACCGUGGUGAUGUCGUCCCUAAAGAUGUCAACGCUGCCAUUGCAACCAUCAAGACGAAGCGUACCAUCCAGUUUGUUGAUUGGUGUCCAACUGGCUUCAAGGUGGGCAUCAACUACCAGCCACCCACCGUCGUACCUGGCGGUGAUCUGGCCAAGGUGCAGCGUGCCGUCUGCAUGCUGAGCAACACCACGGCCAUCGCCGAGGCCUGGGCUCGUCUGGAUCACAAGUUCGAUCUGAUGUACGCCAAGCGUGCCUUCGUCCACUGGUACGUGGGAGAGGGUAUGGAGGAGGGCGAGUUCUCUGAGGCUCGUGAGGAUCUGGCAGCCUUGGAGAAGGAUUACGAGGAGGUUGGUGUUGACUCGGCUGAUGGAGAGGCAGAAGGGGAGGAGAUUGACGAAUAUUAACGCUCUUAUGAACAAUUAAGUUCUGGAAAGAGACGUAAAAGAAUUACGUACAUGUACCGUUUUUUAUUAAAUUGAAAGGUUAAGAGGUAAAAACAAACAUCUAAAAAUCCCCCUUUUUUAAUUUGAUUUCAUAAUUCACAUUUCAUUUGAAUUAAAACCUACCGUGCAUGAAAUUCAAUUACCAAAUGCUUUCCGCAUUUGGUUCUAUUUAUUUUGUUCUGGGCUUCUAAAACAAUCAAUUUUGAAACCAAUUGACCUCCUUCUACCCAAUUUCUCACCAUUAGAUUGAUGAGUUGUACGAUCAUUUUAGUAUCCUGCUUGGUACUUAGCUUCCUGUUUGACUCUUUUCUUUCGUUCAUAUUUUGAGUUAAUUCAUGCAGUGCUGUUAUAGCAUUUAUACAGAGGUUUUAAGGCACUUUUUCGUGUGAACGUUUUUGGGCGAGUUGCGUACACGAAGCACUCUUGCGUUUCAAUUUCACGGACACAAAAAAACCGAGUCCAUGAGUGCACCCUGGGAGCGAUUUCGACGAUACGCAACGCUUGGCGCGCAUG